AACGAUGAUUAUUAUUCUUGGUAAAAGUCAUCACACGAUAAUGCAUAAAAUGGUCAAAUAAAUCGUUUCUUAGAACUUUGUCACAAAAAAAAAUUAAAAAUAAUAUCAGUGUUGUGUACUCCCAAUAUUUUCUGUCUUGGCAAAUGGCAAAUGGCAAUUAGUAUCAUGUAGCAGAAGCUAUCGUUGGAAGUAAGGCUCUUGGAUUGUUGUUGCAUUAGUAGUAGUAUGGAGGUGAUAUAUCGUCCAUCAAUACUUGUUGCAUUUUAUAUCGUAAUUAUAUUUACUCUGAAAACAAAAUCCGAAAGCAUUCCUGAUCAACAACCGCGCGGGAUGUACCGUAGGUGUACGAAGUCCAUAAAUUUUAGUCCCAACAACACAUACAACUCUACUCUUAACACCCUCCUCAACCGUCUUACCUCUAACGCAUCCCCCAACCCAAGUGGAUUCUACAGCACCUCAGUGUACGACAGCAGCGUUAACAAUACCUUCCAGGGCUAUUUUCUCUGCCGUGGAGAUCUAGAUAACGCUGCCUGCCACUCCUGCGUGUCCAUGGCGGUGGCGAGAGACGGUUCAGUAUGCUCCAGAAGUAAUAUGGAAACGACAAUUUAUUACAACAGAUGUAUGAUCAGGUUCUCUAAUAAUACUCUACUUGGAGUAUUGGCUUUAGAACCAGAAUAUAGUGAGCAAGGUCCUAAUCCUAUAGGAAGCAAUAAUGAUGAUUUGGAACAACUGAUUGGGAACAUGUUUAAUGCUUUGGCGUUUCGAGCUGCAAAUGAUCAAUCGGGAAGGAAGUUUGCAACGACGUCGGUGACUUUAACUGCGUUAACAACUUUGUAUGGUUCGGCGCAGUGUACGCCUGACUUGAGCGUGGGUGAUUGUCACAUUUGCUUGACGAAUGCAAUUGGGAACCUUCAACUUGAUAGGUCCGGUUGGAAUUUUUUAGUGCCAAGCUGUAAUAUGAGAUUCGAAACCUACCCGUUUUUCGACGCUGCCGGAUAUUCGCUGCUAUCCCCGCCGCCGCCGGUGAUUACUGGAUUCAGUAAUGGGAGGACGAACAUAUCAAUUGGGUUGAUCAUAGGUAUUGUUGCUGCGGCAGCUAUAACUGCGGCGGUAUUGCCUACUAUAGGCCUUUGUUUGAUCAAUAAGAAGGUUGAAAAGUAUCAUGCUAUUUCUACUAUGUUAACGAAACAGGGUGACGAUAACAUGACCGUUGAGUCCUUACGAUAUGACCUAGCUCAACUUCAAUCUGCAACAGAUAAUUUUUCGAAAGAGAAUAAGUUAGGUGUUGGCGGAUUUGGAGUUGUCUAUAAGGGUACACUGUUGAAUGGACAAAAUAUAGCAGUGAAGAGGUUGUCAACAAACGCUAACCAAGGUGAAGAAGAAUUCAAGAAUGAGGUGCUGUUAGUAGCCAAGCUUCAACAUAGAAAUUUGGUGAGGCUUUUGGGAUUUUGCUUAACGGAAGAAGAAAAACUACUUAUCUACGAAUUUGUCCCUAACAAAAGCCUUGACAAUUUCCUUUUUGAUCGUGAGAAGAGAAGACAACUAGACUGGAACACGCGGUACAACAUUAUAGGAGGAGUAGCUCGAGGAAUGCUUUACCUCCAUGAAGAUUCUCGGCUUAAAAUCAUACAUCGUGAUCUUAAAACAAGUAAUGUGUUGUUAGAUGAAAGUAUGAGUCCAAAAGUUUCAGAUUUUGGCACAGCAAGGAUAUUUGGGGCUGAUCAGACUCAUGGCACCACAGGGAGGAUUGUAGGGACACUCGGUUACAUGGCACCUGAGUACGUAAUGCAUGGGAAAUUCUCUGCCAAAUCCGAUGUAUACAGUUUCGGUAUACUUGUAUUAGAAAUCAUCAGCGGAGAAAAAAGUUGUGAUUUCUGUGAAAAGGACGGUGCAACUAACCUCAUUGCCUAUGCAUGGAAGCAUUGGAGAAAUGGCACACCUCUAGAAUUCGUGGAUGAGAGUAUAAGAGAUCAAAGCUCCAUGGAAGAGGUGAUAAGAUGUGUGAAUCUUAGUUUGUUGUGUGUUCAAGAUGUAGAGCAACGACCUUUGAUGUCGACGAUAGUGCUUAUGCUAAAUAGUUUCUCAACUAUUAUACCGCUACCUAAGGAACCAACGCUCAAUUUUCCUAGCACUACGAAUCCGGGCUACACGAGGGACACUAAUAACUCCAUACAACGAUCUUUGAGUGACAUAUCUAUUACCAUUCCAAGAUAGCGAUCGAUUAUUAUUUAAUUAAAUGCUACUCACUACUAUACAUAACUGAUUAUUACAUUUGUAAAUUAUACUUCCUCUGUUCUUUUUUAAAUGACACAACUAUUUAGGCACGUUUGCCAAUAUAUGAUUUCAAACGUUAAUAGCUUCAAUUAUGGA